AUGCACGGCAACAGUUUCCAGAUCAUCAGGCGCGGUACUGGGAGAACGGAUGAGGCUGGCUUGGCGAGCGCGAAUUUGACGCUAGAUAAUCCUUUGAGGAAGGAUACGUUCUGGUUACAGAGGGAUAGUUGGGUGGUUUUGAGGCUGGUGACAGAUAACCCGGGUGUGUGGCCAAUGCACUGUCAUAUUGAUUGGCAUAUGGCUGAGGGGAAGCUUGCGGUUGUGGUCGUACAGCCGGAUGCGCUGAAGAGUAUGGAUGGACCUGACUCGUGGUCAAGCCUUUGUGCUGGCACAGAUUCCACCUACGUUGGUCCGGCUUGA